CUCUGCUGCCCUGCUAUGAGUUUGCUACCCAGCUAUGUAAGAAACGGUCGAAGACUCGAAACCAUUUACUACGUUGCGCGCUUCUGUUCCACUUGCUCAAAACCCCUCCGCCAUAGAGUCUUAUCUCCAUACAAGGAGGAGAGGUUCAUAAGGCCAUACGUUUGGAACUGGCCUUAUCGAAUUCCUCUGCUUUCUUCCGGGGCCCCGACGACGCAACUGCGUAUCUCCCCCAUCGACACCGCCACCGCCACCGCCACUGCCACUGCCGCCGCUUUGAUCAUUAGCUUGCAUAAACCUCUCGUCGUGAUUCCACUGGAGCUUUGGGGUCACAUUUCGCAAUACACCAUGACUUCUACCAUAGGUGUGUCGUCCAUGUUCCAGACGCCAUCAUUUGAACUUUGCCGAAAAAGCUUGUAUUCUCUAUCUCCGCCCUUCUACCAGAAGCCCCACCAGUUGGGAGUUUUGAAGGCCUACAACAAGGGCUUCGAAGUUGCUUAUUCUUGUAACCUGAGAAAUCAGAGGAGUGCAAGGAGUGUUCCUCUGUUCAUUCGUCAUGCAAUUGCCACCCCGAACUCGGUCUUGAGUGAAGAGGCCUUUAAAGGUCUUGGCGGCUUCUCCCAGUCCCAGGGAACUCUGGAAGUGAAAGACGAAGACGACGAGGGUGAGCAAGGAGGAGAAGACGAACUUUCCGUCGCCAAUUUGGGUCUACCAACGCAGCUGGUCGAGUCCCUCCAGAAACGAGGGAUUACACAUCUUUUUCCCAUUCAGAGAGCUGUAUUACUGCCAGCCUUGGAAGGCCGAGAUCUCAUUGCACGUGCAAAGACUGGAACAGGGAAGACACUGGCUUUUGGAAUCCCAAUAAUUAAACAUCUUACUGUAGAAGACGAAGGGCGAAGUCCUUCAAGGCGAUUAGGUCGUCUUCCAAGGGUUCUGGUCUUAGCACCGACUAGGGAGUUAGCAAAGCAAGUUGAAAAGGAAAUCAAGGAGUCAGCAUAUUAUUUGAGCACCGUUUGUGUUUAUGGAGGAGUUUCUUACAAUACCCAGCAAAAUGCACUUUCUCGUGGGGUUGAUGUUGUGGUGGGAACUCCAGGGCGCAUUAUUGAUCUGAUUAAGAGUAACAGUCUUAAGUUGUCUGAAGUUCAAUUUUUGGUCCUUGACGAAGCUGACCAGAUGCUUGCUGUUGGGUUUGAGGAAGAUGUUGAACUGAUAUUAGAAAAGCUUCCUUCUCAGAGACAAAGCAUGCUUUUUUCUGCAACAAUGCCUGGUUGGGUAAAGAAAUUGGCAAGGAAAUACUUGGAUAAUCCAUUGACAAUUGAUUUGGUUGGUGAUCAAGAUGAAAAGCUCGCAGAAGGAAUAAAGCUUUAUGCCAUACCAACAACUGCAACUUCAAAACGGACAAUUCUUAGUGACCUGAUUACGGUCUAUGCGAAGGGUGGCAAGACCAUUGUUUUCACACAGACAAAACGGGAUGCUGAUGAGGUGUCAAUGGCCUUAACUAGCAGUAUUGCUUCUGAGGCACUACAUGGUGAUAUAUCUCAGCAUCAGAGAGAGAGAACACUGAAUGGUUUUCGGCAGGGAAAAUUCACUGUUCUUGUUGCUACAGAUGUUGCAGCUCGUGGGCUUGACAUCCCAAAUGUUGAUCUGGUUAUCCACUAUGAGCUUCCCAAUGAUCCAGAAACUUUUGUUCAUCGCUCUGGUCGCACAGGGCGUGCUGGAAAGGAAGGUACUGCGAUUCUGAUGUUUACUAGUAGCCAGAGGAGAACUGUAAAAUCCCUUGAACGUGAUGUGGGAUGCCAUUUUGAGUUUAUCAGUCCACCAGCAAUUGAAGAAGUUUUAGUAUCCUCUGCUGAGCAAGUUGUAGCUACUCUUAAUGGGGUUCAUCCAGGGUCCAUAGAGUUCUUCAUCCCAACUGCAGAAAAAUUGAUUGAAGAACAAGGAACAGGUGCUCUUGCUGCGGCGCUGGCAUACUUGAGUGGUUUUUCCCAACCCCCCUCAUCUAGGUCUCUUAUAACCCAUGAGCAGGGAAGGGUGACGCUGCAAUUUAUACGUGAUCCAGGUUAUUCUAGAGGGUUUCUGUCUGCAAGGACUGUCACUGGCUUUCUUUCUGAUGUUUAUCCUGCUGCCGCUGAUGAAGUUGGAAAGAUAUACUUAAUUGCAGAUGAAAGGGUUCAAGGAGCUGUUUUUGACCUGCCAGAAGAGAUUGCCAAGGAGCUACUUAAUAAGCAGACCCCUCCUGGAAAUACUGUAUCCAAGAUUACCAAGUUGCCUGUGUUGCAAGACGAUGGCCCCUCUAGUGAUAAUUAUGGUAGGUUUUCUAACAGAGGACGCAGUUUACGUGGAGGUUCGAGGGAAAGGGGAGGAUUUAGAGGCACCCGUGGUUGGGAAGGUGCACGGGGCUCUGAUGAUGAGGAUGUUUUCCAACACAGUGGCAGGAACUACAGAACUGCCAACAGUUGGUCUCGGAACUCAAGAAGGAAAGGUGAUGAUUCGCUAAUCAGUAGUGGUAGAUCAAAUCGCUCAUCACCUUUUGGGAGUAGAGAAAGAAGCUUUGGAGGGUCAUGUUUCAACUGUGGACGAUCUGGGCAUAGGGCAUCAGAAUGCCCCGACAAACAAACCUACUAGUCUUGUAUGUGACUUCACCCGUUCACUUGACAGCUGUGCAGCUCCAAUGUGCAGCGUAAGAAUGCUGUUUCCAAUCACAGGUUCAGGUUCAAGAGCUCCCAUUGAUUUGAGAGAUGGAAUUACUGUGAGGAAUAGAAAAUCUCUCUGGCUUUGCCAAACUUAUUGAAGUCUCCUGUACUUAAAAGAACACUUCAUUUUUCCCCUGUUGUAGAGUCCUUUGGCUUCUCAUUUUGGCAUAAUCCUAAAAAGCACAUCAUGUUGACUUAAUUUGACAACACAAAUGCCUCCAACUUGUUUAGUUAUUGAGCA